AUGACUUUGACGGCGUGCGAUAAUGCGACUAUCAAAGACGUGUUUAGGAAGAUUUCUGGGAUCAAGGCGGCAGCUGAGAGGUUCUGCUCUGCUUCCUAUCAAUUGGGUAAUGGGGUUCUCGUAAAGGGAAGCCCAGUUUCGUAUCAAAACGCCAUUGACAAUGGGAUCAUAGUCAACGAUUUGGGUUCGAAGAUCUGUUGGGGUUCCCGUUUUACGCAGAGGUUCUCGAAGAGUGCAAGAAGAGAAACCGAUGAUAGCAGGUACAGCAGCAACGAAUGGUGUAUGAUUAAAAUGGGCGAAGUUUCUAUGAAGAACAUACAUGAGGGAGUGAUCGGAUGUGUAAAUGGCUCCAUCAUCUAG